AUGAAUGCGUUGGACCGAAGGGUCUGUUUCUGUGCUGUUCAGUUCUAUGACAUUCCUCAUCUCUGUCUUCAGUGGGAGAUCCUCUCAUGCUGAGAGUGCACCACACUCUUGUCCUGGAUGCUAACCCUCCCAGUGUGAGGUGGGGAGGGAGUAGAUGUAGGAGGGCAACAUGCUGUCCACCAAUGUCUCCUGCACACACCACCCCUCCCCCUUCCUGGUAACUAGUUGCGGACAGAACAGAGCAUCGCAGAGCCGGCUGUCUAACCUGGUUUUGUACUUACAGGUCAAGUGGUACAGGGGUGUAAGGCAGACCCAUGGAGCCAGUCCCCAAGAGCAGUUCACCAUCACUCGUGGCCAGCGACAGGGCGCAGGGUAAAGGCACCACCCUCUUGAGGGUGAACAAGGUGCUGGCCAAGGGCAUGAGGCAACUCUUUGCCAACCAGAGGGAGCCCUCGGCCGAAGUUGAGGAGAGGUCACAGGCUGGGACUGGCCACAGCCUGCAUGAGAAGAGUUCCUUCUUGCGCAGUUUCAUGAUUCCCUUGGACGAUGAGCUCUCUGUGCUCACCGACAGCCAGAGGACCUCCAUUGCUGAACCGAGCCUGCAUUCCGACCAGAAAGUUGUCAUCCAGGCCUCCAGUGACCGCUGGCGCAGGUCUGCUUCUGGAUUCCGCCGCCACUUCAUCCCCAAGAUGGGCAGGAAGAGUCCCAUUCUGAGCAAGAGGCGGGAGGAGACAAUCCGUGAGAAACAGGUGCAGCCGCAGGACGAGGAGGAAGAGGAGGAGGAGGAGGAGGAGGACUCUUGGCCUGCACCGCAUCACAGCCUCCAGGCGUUCAAGCACCCUGAGUUACUAGACACUGCCAAAACCCAGAGAAUCCUGCACCCAUCCAUCAAAUUGAACACACAGACCAUGACGGAAAGGUUCCUGGGCAUGGACACCGAGUCCAACGUCAGUGUGGAAGAAGCCAAGGCUAAGUCCAAGCCCCGGUUUGGAGACAGUCGCCGGUUCUCCCUUUAUCACAGGUUGCCGAAAAUCAGAAGCUCAAAGAAAGAGAAGGCUGACGCAGCAGAAGUGACCAGCGUAGGACUGCCACCCAGCCCACCAGCUUUCAGCGUGUCAGAGACCUCAGAGCAGCUAUCUGACAACUCCCACGUGGAGGAGGAGGUCUUACUGCAGGAGCUGAAAACUGAGCAGGGUCUGCUCCAGCAGAAGAUCCUGAAGAUCAGCGAGCAGAUCCGGGUGCAGCAGACCCACCGUAACACCAAUGUCUCAGAGUACCUGCGACUCAUCGCUCGUACUGACCACAGCCAGGCCUUCCGCUUCAAGCAGGCCUUUGAGAAGAAGAACCACUACCUCACCUCGGUCAUCCUGCAGCUGCAGAGGAGGCUGCAGCAGUACAUCAGGAAGCAGCAGCAGCUGGAGAGGGAGCUGGAGCUGCUGAAGGAGAAGAACCCCUCCCUGUUUGCCAUGCAGGAGUUGAGGAGCGAUCAUCUGCUGGAGGACAACCAAACAGAAUCCCCAUUUCACAGCGAAGCCAGCUCCCUAUCCAAGGCAAACCUCCUGGCGCAUGCACUGUCGGAGAUCCAAGGUGUCUCCAAAGAGACCCCGUUGGACAAGUUUAACCCUCCCUACCAAACUCCCCACCCCUUGCAGCAACUCAGCUUGCCUGAUGAUGACUACUCCAUCACCACCAGCUUCUCUGAAGAUCUGCAAGACCUGGCAGGGCUCAACUACGAUAUUAAGGCAAACGGGAUGAAUUCCUUAGAGAGACAAAAUACCGGCUACCUGUCCAUACUGGAGGAGUUGACUGACAUCAAAGAAACACAACUGAAUUUGGAGCUGAGCUUUAAGAACAUAGCAGAGCAAUACAAUAACCAUUACUCCGUUUUUCAAGAGUCCUUAGAAGAGGAGAAAUACAGGUCAAUCCAACUACAGGCUGAACUGAACGACCUGAUGGACCUUCACCAGAACGAGGUGCUGAACUUGAAGAGUGAGCUGGCCAGCCUAGAGGAGAAGAUAGCCUACCAGUCAUAUGAGAGCAGCAGGGACAUCUGGGAGGUGCUGGAGAACUUCCAGAGCAAAAUGGCCCGGCUGGAACAACAGCAGCAAGCGGCUCAGGGGGAGAUUCUGGACCACGUCAACACAAGGGAGCUGCUGGGUAAGACCAUGAACCUGCUGCUCAUCAUCAUCGCGGUCAUUCUGAUGCUGAUGUCCACCAUAUCGGCCCUGGUCUCGCCUUUCAUCAAGACCCGGGCAAGGACCAUCAGCACUGGCAUGGUGAUUGUACUGCUAUUGUUCGCGUGGCACAACUGGGAACUGCUCACUGCUUUCAUGACCAGGCGGGUGAUUUUCCGUUGGCGUUAA